UAUCUAACGUAUCGCAACUGUCGUUAUUUUAAAGUUGUUUGUGAUUUAUGUCGGUUGAAAAAUUUGUGAAUAUUUGUGGAUAUUUUUAUAAAAACAAUGAGUUUUAGAAGACGCCGUAGUGGCGAUUUUACAUCUACAUUAUUAGAGUAUAAUCGUACUAUGGAAUUGGAAAAAUCACAAUCAAAUGAUCUUUAUGAAUUAAAUGAUAUGGAUAUAGAAUUAGAAAAGAAGAAAAUUAAUGUAAAAUCCAUUGAAACAAUAGAUGCAGAUACUACAAUUUUUCAUCAAGUAACUGAAUUGAGAUCUCAAUUAAAUACCCACAAACAGCAAAGUUCUGCAGAAAACAUAAAAACUUGUCAAACUCCAGAAAAAUUGAAAAAAAAUGUAACUCCCGUAUCACCACUAACUGAUGUUUUGAAUAAAAUCAGUAAAACCUUAGAAUUAAAACAAAACCAAAAUAAUGUGCAACCUACAGUUGUAACAUCUCGUCAAGAACCAAGUAAAUUAUGGAAUGCUCUGACAAAUUUUAAUAGAAGUUUAAAUUCAGACAAAAGUGGUGUACAAUCCCAUCAAAGAGUAUUGAGUAGGCUUUCACAAGAAUUUCAUUUGUCACCAGCAAAAUUUGCAGAGAAAUUAGUGACAAUAAUUGAAGAGUCUGUUAUGCCAUCAAUAUCUGAUCAGAAAGAUUAUUCUGGUGUAAGUGUUCAUCGAAUGACACAAGAAUUUCGUAAAUUAUGUAAAUUCAUUGAAGAUGAAUCAAUGCCGGAAUGUUUAAUAAAUUCAGACAUUCAAGAAGAACAAAUAGAAAAUCAAACUAUUGAAUUUGUGGAUGAAACAUGUUUAGAAGAAAUGCAAAGAUUCUCAUCAACACCACUUGACAAUAAAGAGAGUAAAUUAAAAAAUUACGAAAUUUCUUAUAAAGAAACACCUAAAGGUAUUUUUAAAUUUAAUGACACUCCAAAUUCUGACAAAAAACAAUUCAGUAAAGUGAAGAAAAAUUGUCCAAUAAAUGAUACAAAUAAUUCUUUUGAAUAUUGGGAGAGUAUGUGUAAUGGUGUAUUUAAACCACAACCAAUUUCACCACAAAAAUUAAGAAGAAGUAUGUCUUUACCAGAUUCUCCGGUUAUAAGAUUCAAUAAUAUAAAAUCAACCUGUGAUCGUCAAAUGGCUUCUUUAGAUGACACUGCAUUAAAUGAGAGUCGACUCGGUUAUAAAUCACGAAAUUUCAGAGAUAUAACGUUUAGUCCAAAAAAAUUGUCAAUCACAGAUGGUAAAACAUUGACAAAUAAGAAAUAUUUUUCAAAACAAAAUGAAAAGAAACAAUUUUCCACAAAGAAACAAACAUCAAUUUCUCAUGAAAAUGAAACUAAUGAUGAGUUUAGUUUUAAUUGUGAAGAUGAUAUGGAUAAAAGUUUUUUAGCCGAACUUGCACAAAGAAGACAAAGAUGUUUUGAAACAGCGAAAUUAAUGAUGGAAAUUGACAAGAAUGAUCCAACAGUUUCUAAUCAAUCGAAUGAAAAGAAAACUGCAGAACUUAUUGCAAAAUUAGCAAGUCCCAAUAAAUCUCUUUCAUUACCUGCAACUAAUAUUGAUUUUCUAAAUACAAUAAAUCAUUGCAUGGAAUAUCAAGAUUUUCUACUGAAAAAAAGAAAAUCUAUUUUCCAUAUUCUCAAAAAUCCAAUGUCCCCUGAUUCUAAAUUAGGAAAUACUACAAAAUCCAAAAAAACAGAAACACCCAUUUUAUCAGUGAAAUUAAAAACUCCCAUUAGUGAAGUAAAGAGUGUCGAAAAGAAAGAGAAAAAAUUUCCAAAAAAAAAAUUUUUCUUUACUCCUGGAAAAAGUCCACGUAAUGAUGAUGUAAAACAAAAGAAGGAAUAUUUUCCUCAAAUGGAUAAUAUUUUCAGUUCACAAUCAUCAAUAAAUAGUCUAAAGAGUCCUCGAACUCCAGAUGCAAGAAAAAAUUUAUAUGAAUAUGUAAAAUCACCAAUUGCUGAAUAUAUAAGAGGUACUGAUACAAAAUUAGUCAAGAAUGUACAUGGAAAAAAUAAUGAAUGGUUAUUGACACCACAACCAUUAGGAAUUUCUAAUGAUUCUAAAGGAAAUCGAAUUACACCAUUAAAAAAUUUACAAGAAUCUUCUGCCCUUAAAUUCAAUUUGUCUCCACUUAAAAAGCAACAGCAAGAUGAAAAUAAUCCUGAAAAGGAAUUUAAAUUUCCUAAAGUUGAUUAUAAAUCUUCUGCAGUUCAAAUAGUCAAUGAGGAAAGUGGAAAAGAAUCUAAAAAUUCAGGAAAACGAAUGAAAAAUUUAUUAAAAUCGUGUGAGAGAAAAGUUGUAAUUAGACACGAGGGGCGAAUGGGUGUUGCAAGUCCAAGAAAUAAGAAUGAAGGUUUAGACGUUUUAGUGGAUACUUCUAUACAAGUAAAAACAGUAGCGAAAAAAACAGAUUCUAUCAGAUCACGAAAUAUGCGAUAAUUAAAAAUUAUGGAAUUUUAUACUUACUAUAAAUGUUUUCUACAGUAAGCAUAUUUUUCAUAUAUUUCUCAUUUUUACAUUAUUAAUUGUUUAGCAUUUACACUUAAACUAGAUUGUAAAUAAACAAAAAUUUUUUUGCUCUAUAUAUCUUAAACAUAUUUUGCGAAGAUACAUUUUAUUUUUUUUUUAUUAAUAGUAAAGAAAUAAAUUUCUAAUAAUUUACUA